UAAGUGAAGUUUUAUUACCCCCUUUCCUGUUCGAAUAUUGUGGUGAUGCUAUGUGCAACAGUAAAUGUCACCGACGGUGGAAGCAACAGACAGGACUCUAUUUUAGUUAGCCGUCAGAUUUAGCACAGACACUAUAAAUUUGAUUGAUUUUUCUUCAACGUCUUUCAGAAAGUCGAUGGUGCCUUCCUCACACACACACACUUUUCUUCAGUUUUGAGGUACGUUUCAAGGAGCUGUCUGGCUUCAGCUAGCGUAGGAGUUCACAACAAAAAUGGGUGACGCACCUAAAAAAUCAAAGAUCUCCUCCUCUCGAAGGCUGGGGUUGAAAAUUAGACUGUUGACAGUUGCUGCUCAGAUGCUGCAGGAAGAGACAGAGCAGAAGAUGAGGGACAGAGAAGCUGCUCUGUCAGAGAGAGUUCCUCCUCUAAACCUGUCUGGUCUGUCCUUGCAAGAGCUGCAGGACCUAUGCAAAGACCUGCACCACAAGAUUGAUGUUGUAGAUGAGGAGCGAUACGAUAUUGGUCUCAAAGUGUCCAAAAACGACGGCGAGAUUGAAAACAUGAAUCUGAAGAUCAUUGAGAUUCAGAGUAAGUUCAAGAAGCCAACCCUGAAGAGAGUGAAGAUCUCUGCUGAGGCCAUGCUGAGCGUUCUGCUGGGCGCCAAACACAAGGAGUCCAUCGACUUCAAGGCUAACCUCAAAACAGUGAAGAAGGAGGAAGAGAAGAAAGAGGAAGUGACUGACUGGCGUAAAAACGUGGAGGCCAUGUCUGGUAUGGAGGGCAGGAAGAAGCUGUUUGAUGCCUCUGGCAACUAAACAAUCUUCUUUCAGAGAAGAGAGUUUCUCCGUUUAACUAAUUCUACCCAUUAAUUAUUUCCUUAUCUAUAUUUUAUUGAUUUAUGAAUCGCAAGCAGUACAGACACCUUUAAAACUAGGAUAGUCAAGGAAAAGCACCAGCUGACCAUUUUUAAAGAGGCUGGAUGCUUCAGGUGGUUUUAAACGUACACAUGUGAUAGGAAAAAAUUUAGUACGUAUUAAAUAUGUUCUUUACUGAACUGUAUGAUGAGAAAACACUGACUUUAAUACAUUUGAGUGUUUUAGCAACAUUCUUUUUUGCCAUUAACUGCAGUGUAUUAGAAGCAUGUGUUUGUUUGCAGCAGUUCUCCUCUGCAGCCUUGUGAUGGCAGCAUCAUUCUUUCAAAUCAUCACAACGUACUGAGGGUACAGUACGCUGACAGAGGAGAAAUAUUGUUUGUUCAUCAUAAAUUAACAAGUGCUAUUGUGUCAUCUGUUGUGAUUAAGUGCCAUUUUAAAUGCCAUUUGCCAGACAUUCAAAAUGUAUUGGCUAUUAAAGCUAUUUCUAAACAUGAAA